AUGCAAGGGAGAGCAGCGCCCUGCCCCAAUUGUUCCCCAAAUUUCCCUCCUAUGCCUCCAAUUGCACAAGACAACUCUACCUUGAAGGUUAUGGAAAGAUUCAAGAAACUUCAACCUUUCUCGUUCUCCAAAAUUGACGCGAACCCACUACAGCCCGAACGAUGGAUUAACGCCAUGGAAAGAAUUUUUGAAGUGUUGGAGUGCACAGAUGCACAAAAGUUAAUCUGUGCCGGAUUCCAAUUGCAAGAUGAGGCCGCGGCUUGGUGGAAGUCAACCAAGCCCAAUUUAGAAGUUACUCAUCCCAACCCCACUUGGGAGCAGUUUAAGGAAGUUUUCUUUGAAAAUAAUUUUCCAGAAAGCUUUAGAGAUGAAAAGGAAGCGGAAUUUACGGUCCUGACCCAAGGAUCAAAGUCAGUGCUAGACUACCAGCAACAAUUCGAGGACUUAUUCCACUUCGCCCCAGAACACAUGAGGAGCAAUGCUUGCAAGUCGAAGAAGUUCGAGAAAGGACUCAAGCCUGAGAUUAGUGCCAUGUUGGCCAUUUUGGAUAUCCAAUCAUAUGCCUAG